AUGAUUAAAACAUUCGAGGUCUGGUUCAUUCGGAGAAUCCAUACUUAUAAUGAAGCUGCGGGGAAUGUUGUUGCACCUAGGGUUGGAUUUGGUUUGGGUUCGGAGUUGCGGCGCGCAGGGGUUUUCGUUAAAGUUGUAAAGGUCGGUGAGAAGGGGAAUGCGGCGGAAUUGUGGUUGAAGAGGGAGAUGAUGAGUGGAGAGGUUGGUUGGUUGGUUUUGGUUUCGGAUGAUCGGGAAUUUGCGGAUAUGUUGAGGAAGGUUAGGGAAGUGAAUUUGAAGACUGUUUUUGUUGGAGAUUAUUGGGAUAGGGAUUUGGGGAAGAAUGCUGAUUUGUGGCUUCCUUGGAAUGUUGUUGAGAAUGGAAAGCUUGAGAGAAUGGGUUUAAUGGGAAAAACAGAGGGUUUGGAUGAUGAACUGGAAGGAGAUCAGGAUUUGGACUAUAGUGAAUAUGUAACAGAGGAAGAACUGUAUGAAAGGAUGGAAAAAGAUGUUAUGAACUUUAGUAUUGUUUCAAUGAUGAUGUUCAAUGUUUUACAGUUUAAUUUAAGAGAUACUAUUGGAUAA